UUAUCAGGUCUGGGAAAAAAAUUAUUCGGAGGCAACCGCCACUUUUUUGUUAUGCUGUAUUUGUCCCUAAGAGUGAGCGAAGACUCCAUGCGUCAGUGGCAAGCAACGCACUAGAAGUACGUAACAGAAAACAUCCUGUCCUCCAAUGUACCUCCCCACUAUGGAAGCUAAUCGGCAGGCUGCAUUGUUCCUCACAAUUUGCGCUAUUUUCUAUGGGCGAGCGGCGAUCGUGUUCAACUGUAACAGGCCGGGUUCCGAGUGUCCGAACAUCGAGGAGUGCGUCAACGGGACCUGCAGCUGCCAAACCAGUGGACUGGUGUAUCGGUGUGACCUGGACCUUGACCUGUACGAGCUGGCCUCCAUCCCGUGCGCGGGGGAACUGGCUUGUCAGAAUGGACUGUGUCUGACCGCCCUCUCUCAACCUCAUGUACCUCCGACCUGUCAGUGCCACAUCGGUUUCUAUGGAAGCAGCUGCGACCUACCUCGAUAUGACGUAAUCUGUGGAGGAGGAGAGAUGACGGUUCUCUUCAACCCAUUUCGGUUCAGUGGUGUAGUCAGACCUCUCUACUACCUCGAGGACGAUGUCUGCAUCCUGAGCAGCAUCACUGCUGACUCACGUAUUGUUUCUAAGCAUCCUGAAAGAGAAGGGGUUGGCAAAGUCUUGCCGCACACAGCAUCCGGCGACCAAGUGUGUAUUAACAGCGCAGAAUAUUCACUUGAAAAUGGAUACCACACGUACACACGUCACUUCCUGGUGCAGUACUCUCAUGACAUCAUCAUGGAUCACGAUGAACUGGUCAGCAUGACCUGCAAGGUAGCGGAAACGACCCAGCGCAUUGUCAAGACUGUUGUAACUGCCCACGUUUCUCACGGAUAUUUGCGAAAAUCGACAGAGACUGGACAGGCGACUCAUUUUAAUAUGGGCAUCUUUGACAAGAUGAUACGCCCCAUUAACACGAGUGAUCCGCAGCCUGUGGGAGCUACCCUGAGACUGAAGAUUGAGAUCAGCGAACGAAGUAAUUUUAGUGCGCUGAUAGUGGAGUCCUGUUUCGCUCUUGGCUCUGAAACUUCAGUCAACAGUUAUAAGGCUUCAGUCAAAUUCGUUAACAACGGAUGUCCUCUGCGACCACUGGGAAUCGGGGCGCAGACAUCCGCAGACAAGCGACUGACCGUCAUCAGCUUCACUGUCGUCAAGUUUCUGCGAUCGGACAUCUUUCAUCUGGUCUGCACUGUCCGAGGAUGUCCAGUCAACAUGGUGGACCAGUGUCUUGUGUCUUCAUGCAACUCCAGUGUUCGGGGGAAGAGAGAGGCCAGCACAGCAAAGGUUGAGACAUUGCGCCAGACCCUGAGGGUUCAAGACCCUUUCGCUGACAUCAGCCAAAUGAUCAGGAUCCUGACCUAACUGAGCAGGAGGCAGAUGCUUCAAAACAGUCAGAUUCCGACCCCGAGAUGUGCAGCUGCUCGCUCAAAACUUGUCUUGUAAGCGAAGAAUUUGUCGGAUUUACAGUUGGUACAGUCGUCGCAUUCUUCUUGACGUUUAUUUUCUCAGCUUUCAUCAUUUAUCUCCUUGUCAGUCGGCGGUCUGUCGCAGGAAAGAAAUGAAGAUCUUCUUCGCGCGGACGCGGAAACGGAUACGGAAGUGACGUCAUAAACACAAUGUUUGGCUGUCCGCAGAUCAGUUGAGUUAAAACAUUUGGAAACUGACCUUUGUUCUAACAAGACAGCAAAAUAAACAAAGUACGAUUUCA